AAGUACGACAGUUUCAUAGGUGGUUUUCGUAAUAAGUCUCCGAGUCAACAUCUCUGCUCUUACUCUGCAGAUCCUACUCAAGUAGCUACACAGCUGACGGCCAUGUCCAAACCCCGCCGCCACAUGCCGUCCAUCUCCGCCGUCAUCCUCAUCCUUUCCCUUUCCUUAUCAUCAACUCUCUCCGUCAUCCACAAUCAAGAACCACAAGUUAACGAAGAAUCCGACCCCAUAUCACGAUUCCGAAACUACCUAAGAAUCAACACAGCUCACCCCGCGCCAGACUACGCCGCCGCCGUCAAUUACCUCACCGCCUUCGCUGCCACCAUUCCCAGCCUCCAAAUCCGAACGCUUUAUUUCACCACCCCAGAUAAACCACUCCUCCUUAUCACAUGGCCCGGUUCAAACCCUUCCCUCCCUGCGGUUCUCUUCAAUUCCCACCUCGACUCGGUCCCUGCCGAGCCCUCCAAGUGGCUGCACUACCCCUUCGCAGCCCACUUAUCCGAUGAUGGCAAAAUCUACGCCCGCGGUGCUCAGGACGAUAAGUGCAUCGGUGUGCAGUAUUUGGAAGCCAUUAAGGAGUUAAAAAGCAAGCUUGAUUACACUCCGUUGAGAACCGUGCACAUUUCUUAUGUGCCUGACGAAGAAGUGGGAGGAUUUGAUGGGAUGGCGAAGUUUGUUGAGAGUAAAGAGUUUAAAGAAUUAAAUGUUGGAUUUGUGUUGGAUGAAGGGCAGGCGUCUGUUAAUGAUGAGUUUAGAGUCUUUUAUGCAGACCGGUCGCCUUGGAAUUUGGUGAUUAAGGCGACGGGAGUGCCGGGGCACGGGUCGAGAAUGUAUGAUAAUAGUGCUAUGGAGAAUUUGAUGAAGAGUGUUGAGGUUAUUAUGAAGUUUAGGGAGAAUAACUUUGAUUUGGUUAAGGCUGGUUGGGCUGCCAAUUCGGAGGUUAUCUCGGUUAAUCCUGUAUUCUUGAAAGCUGGAAUUCCAUCGCCUUCUGGAUUCUUCAUGAAUAUGCAACCAUCCGAGGUGGAGGCUGGAUUUGAUGUUCGGCUGCCACCAACAGUAGACCCCGAUCUCAUGAGGAGGAGAAUUGCGGGGGAAUGGGCGCCAGCGUGGAGGAACUUGACUUAUGAGAUAACAGAGAAAGGUCCUCUCAGAGACUACAUGGGACGCCCUUUGGUGACAGCAACUAAUGAUUCUAACCCAUGGUGGACCAUAUUCAAACAGGCAAUUGAAGCAGCUGGCGGGAAACUUGCUAAGCCUGAAAUCUUAUCUUCGACUACCGAUGCUCGAUUCAUGAGACAGAUGGGAAUUCCAACUCUUGGUUUUUCUCCAAUGAAGAACACUCCCAUAUUGCUUCAUGACCAUAAUGAGUUUCUGAAGGAUAGUGUUUAUCUUAAUGGGAUUAAGGUUUAUGAGCACGUAAUUAGAUUGUUGAGUUCCUUCGAUGGAGCUACAGUCAGUGAAACAAAAUGAUUAGACUCCAGAACUCAGCGGAGCAUGGGAGCAUUGGUACAACACUCGUCUCUCCUGAAACAGGAUUAGGCUUUGACAUAUGUCUUUUCCAUCCCACUAUGAUUUUGUCUGAAGUCAUCAGUUCAUUAGUGAUCUUAGUUGCUACCGGAGAUGCAAUACAUUAGCUUUGAUCCUGCGAACUGUUGCUGGUGCUUUAGAUUCUCUCGCUCUAUGAAAAUUGUACACUAUGCUUUGAAGCAUGGACCUGUAACUAUAGAAUAAAAUGUUGCUUCCAGUGUUUUCCAGAGGAAGCCAAUGCCGUGGUUGUUGUAACAUCACUACUGAUUGUUGUAAAUUGCUUGCUAUGUAAGAAGAGCUAAGUUCAACUUGCUUUAUGGGUUCAUCCAACUUUCUUGAUUACUCAUGGUGUUUGGAAGCUAACGUAUAUGAGAUGGACGCAGCAAAGUUUCAACGGCAGAAAAAGGUAAUGUCAAUGGUGGAAUUCGAAAUAAACCAUUGGGUUGGUGAAGUGUGAUUAUUUCCAUGAGCUGUUCUUGGAUAAACAUCGUAUUUCGAUUCAAGUCUUGAUUCAUGCUAUGUUUCCUGAUGGAACCUGAUGCACUUCUGGAGAGUAGCUAUGUACCCUGAACUUUGUUUAUCUAAACCACGGACUUCCAUGUUA